AUGGUGCUACUUUCUUAUGUAUUAGAACCUGCAGCCUUUCAUACAAUCUUAAAGACCCUGAUCCUUGGUCUAAUCGAGACUUCCAGACCCCUGCCUCCCCCACCCUCCCUGGCUCCCUCCGGGCCUAGGCAGCCGCCCGAGACCUCACUUACCCUCGGCGCCUGGCGGGUGCUUUGGCCUCGGGCCGCCUCCGCCUCUCCUGCUCCCAACGGCCCACGGACGGGCGCGGGAGCCCCGCGCGAGAGAACAGGGCCGGCUUGUGUGCGAAGAGAGGCAAGGGGCUCCGCCACCGUCAGAACCCGCGACUCCGCUCUGGGGACUCGCCCGUGUCUAGGGACGGUGGGUUGUGCAGCUGCGCCAGGCCUGCUGGGGCCGCGGCCUGGGAGCGCGGAGGCGCGGAGUUCGCGGCUGGAAACCGCCCUCUACCCGGCCUGGCGAGUGCUGACCCGACGCAGAUGGGGGAAAGGAGGAAGAGAAAACAUUAAGAACCUAUUAUACAUCAGCUACGAUGCCAGCCUCUUCAUUUGCAUCCCUGCCUGUUAUCCCUGUUUUACAGGCUGCCCUCCUGCGUGCUGCCUGGAGGAGGGUAGAAUCUCCACUACCUUGAGCUCCAUCCACUCAGGUGGACUCAUCCUUUGCUUCAGUGGAAGAAAGAAAAUCCUGCCAGGAAAACUAAUAGAAGAAUCUGUUGUGCCAUUGUUGGGUCUCUGUUGCAGCCAGGACAUGAGAACUGUCAGAACUGGAAUUGCUAAGUAGAACUGUGUAAUCUUUUUCUGAUAAUGUGUAGUACAAUGUAUCACAACUUUCAAAAUUCACUUCAGAGAGCUUGAAGUCAGAAAUGUCCACACUGGUUACAGGAAAUGUUUCCUUGUUUUAGGAUGGGGAAUCAGAAUUUAUAAUAAAAAUUAUAAAUCAUA